CCGUCCCCGGCCUCGGCGAUGCGCGCCGAUUUCCGCAUCCGGCUCCGGACGCUUCCGCCCUUAGCGGAGCCUGUCUAGGAGGCUGUCCUCCAAACCCCUCCGAUGCUGGUCCACGGGAUUCAGCCAAGGAUGAGUCCCUCAUUCACCUCUCAUCUGUAAGUUCUGCCCCAACCGCUCUCCCAGCACCCACUGCCCUCAUGUCUACCUUACUCCUCAACCUCGAUUUUGGGGAACCUCCUCCUCGAAAGACUUCAGAGGGCAAUUCCAAGCACCGGCGCUUUGUCAAGAAGCGGCGGCUCUUGGAACGGAAAGGCAUUCUGAAUAAGAAGAAGCAGCCCUCCAGCAAGGUGCCUAAGUUGCACGUAGACCCUCCAAAGGAAGAGGAGACUCCGCAGGUGGAUGGCACUUGGAGCGCCCUUCCUCCCCCCAAAAGGAGAAAGACCGCUGCCUCUGGCAGCGGAGCCGAGCGGGCCCUGGAGAGGAAAGCUGGAGUGCCUUGGCUGACCCCUGCCCCUGCACAGAAGGGCAGUUCCCUUGCGGCUCCAGUGGACUUGCUGGGAGAGUUUCAGAGUGCCCUCCCAAAGGUGAAGAGCCACCUAGCUUUCUCCCAGAAGAACGCCUCACAGAAAUCCACUCACACACACCCCGAGAGUGCGUCUGGAGGGUCUCAGGAGAAGCCCAGGAAGAUGGUGGCGGUUGACUGUGAGAUGGUGGGCACAGGGCCCAAGGGGCAUGUCAGUUCCUUGGCUCGAUGUAGCAUCGUUAACUAUGAUGGUGACGUGCUGUACGAUGAGUACAUCCUGCCCCCCUGCCGCAUCGUGGACUACCGAACCAGGUGGAGUGGGAUCCGGAAGCAGCACAUGGUGAAUGCUACACCCUUCAAGAUUGCCCAGAGCCAGAUCUUGAAGAUACUCGCAGGGAAGGUCGUGGUGGGGCAUGCCAUCCACAAUGACUUCAAAGCCCUGCAGUACUUCCACCCCAAGGCUCUCACCCGAGAUACCUCCCACAUCCCCCUCCUCAACCAGAAGGCCGGCUGUCCAGAGAAUAUCACCGUGUCUCUGAAGCGUCUCACCCAGAAGCUGCUGAACCGGGACAUUCAGGUUGGAAAAAGUGGCCAUUCCUCCGUGGAAGACGCCCAGGCCACCAUGGAGCUGUAUAAGCUGGUUGAAGUCGAGUGGGAACAACACCUGGCUCAGAAUCCCCCCAAAGACUAGGAGCAGCGGGAACGUUAGUGAUGUGGGAGGCAGAAGCAGCACCUCGGCAGAGAGACAGACGGCUCUGCCAGCUCCACACCUGGGUGGGCUGGGCAUGCUCCCCAGACUUAAUAUCCUUUGAAACCUCACCUCCGGUGCUGUGUUCUGUGUCUGGUGAAGUGGCCCGUGCAGGUGGGAGCCGUGCGUGUCACACGCCAGCCUACACUGUUUACCUCUUGGAUGGUGCUAACCACAGGUCCCAGGGUGCUUUGCUCCAGUCAAGCCUUUUGACUAUUCACGGGGCAGGGCGUACCGGAAAUGUCAUUUCCCCAACUGCCUUAUUUCUAGGGUAGCCAUAUGUCCCAAGCUGAUGCCUCUUGUCCCUGAGUAGUUACCUGCACCGUCUCCCUCCGAGGUCCCAGGUUUGGGUGACGAAUUAAUUGGGUGGCACAUCCGGAGCACAGAGGCAGCGCUCUCAGCUCAGGGUCUCCUCCUGGCCCCUGGCCCAUGCUGCUGUUCUUCCCGCUGUGGCUUCCCAGGGCCCAUCCCUGCGAGGCCGGUUCUCCUUGGGACUGCAAGCAGUAGAGGUCAGCAUAGUGCAGCGCACAGACACCAGCCCCUCUCGCUUAAGAAAGCAAGCUCUUCCGAAGGGUGCAUUCCAGUCAGGUCCCUCUCUAAGGUUAAAAAUGAAUUUAAAGUAUUUUAAGGGUUCUUAGUCAUCUUUUUACCUUGCUGAAGCAAGCCUCUAGAAACUUAUUCCUUUGAUAAAUUUUUAUAAUAGGA